CGGAGUGGAAGCUCGAGUGUCCACGUGACGCACGAAUUCGCUACGGUGGACAGCUCUCAUCGCAUGCGCAAGUGCCUGAAGGCGAGGUAGCACCCUUGGCGCUUCAGGACGGCGCGGUGGAUCCUGAUAGCAUCAACAACAGAGACGUGUCUGGUGCGACAGGCGGAACGCAACUGACAAGUGCCAUGACCAAAAGAGUAAGACUUAUUCCAGCAGACGACGACGAAGACCAAUAUGACGAAGGGGAACCACUGCGGCAAAAGAUGCUUUUUGAAUCACCUUUGCGCGAGGCCGGCAUCGCAGCUAAGGAGACGGCUAAAAAGGAAGCAUUAGCGGCGCAGAUCCGCGCACGCGAAGCUAGGAUUGCGGCAAUGCAAAGGCAGUAUAUUACUGCCUCGGAGGCAAGUCAACAACAUGAUACUUCAGCAUCUGCUUCCGGUGGUCAAGAUCCUCUGAGCGGUGGCGCCCAGGCGAGGAAUGUAGAAGUAAGCGGUGAAGCUGAGGAGAGCACUGUAGUGGACUUGAAUAUAGAGAUUCGUAAAGAGGCUGAAAAGGCGAGAAAAUUAUCCAACAAAGCUUCUGCCUCAAAGCAAGGAAGCUGUGCCCGCUCAUCGGCGAGUGCACGACAGGCAACUUCGACGAGAAAAGGUAGAGGAGCUGCCACAGCGCCACUUGCGUCCAGAAGGCCGACAUGGAGACACGCU